AUGCCUUCCACUCCGGCGUUGAGUGCCGCUGGGCUCUCAUUCCUGGAUUUGAGAACUAUCAUCAAAGUAGAUAUCGAAGCGUCUAAUGAAGUGCAAACACGAAUCGAUCGACUCCGUCGCGACUUUCAAAAUGGCAGAAGACCGCCGGGGAAGGAGAUUGAAGAGCUGGAACUGGCGAAUAAAGACAUGACGAAAGAUCUCGUGCAGCGGAUCGAGAAAAUCGAAAAUGCUGGACCUUUGACAGCCGCGGAUCGGGAGAUGUUGCAAGCGUUGAACGCUCGUCUCACAGUCUGCGAUCGCCAAGGGAUGCAGCUUACCGAGCUUCGCGAUCUGGAAGCACAUUUUGAUGCCCGCGAGGCGGAACGGAUGAGGAGGGAGAGCAUGUACCAGAGCCCAUUGCCGCUGGGAGGUGCACCGCGAAAGCCGAGCGUUGUCAAUACGGUUCAGCAACCGGCAGAGUCGAAUCUGCAAUCCGCCUUCUCAUGUGGACCCGGUUCGUGGCAAUCCUCGCAGAAGUAA